AUGAGUAAGUUCGCAUCUCCGUCUCCGAGGGGAGCUCCCCUCCCGUCAUCUACGCCUGCGAUCAAGAGGUUUUCAGAACCGAUUUCACCUCGAAGGGGUUACGGAAAUGAUGGAAGUCGGUGUAGUGAUAGAUGCUCUGGUAAUCUUCAUGAGAUUUCUCCCAUCGUUGGGACUUCUUCCUCAUUCGAUACUACUCGGCAGUCGAACGGACCAGACCGCUCUUUUGCAUCUCCAAAUGUGGACGAUUCGGAUCACAAAGAAUUAACUACUGCAGAUUUACUCGAUAAACUUUCAAAAGAUUCAUCUGCGUUUGCUGGGCACUUGAGAAACUCUCUCCUUUAUGGUGAUCAUCUGAGGACUGCUAACUUUAUGGGCCUGGCUCCAUCGUUGGGUUCGCCGACAGAUACGAUGUCUCUGCAUUCCGCUCUUCUUGAAAGAAUAUGCAAAUCAUUGGUGCGGUGUAUCAAGUCAGAUGUUAGUAUGACUUUGGAGUACAAAGAGGCCUGCCCUGAGGUGAUUGGCGUUCAAUCAAAGAAUAGUGUAGUCGAAAGAGUUCCUGAAAAUGCUAGGGUUGACGCUCAAUCUAUACUUCAUCCAAUUUUCGAUUCCGAUCGAGAAGCAAUGAACGAUGCUGGCGCACUUGCGCUGCUACAGCAUGAUAAUAUUGUUCGGUAUUUCGAUGCCUGGUCUGAAUCAGAAACAAUAGUUAUGGCAUUGGAAUUUUGCCAUGGGGGUAGCCUGUUUGACUACCUAUAUCCCAAUAGACCAUUUCCUUCUGGCAUGGCUGUUCAUGACAGUCUCAUCGAUAGGUCCUCAGAGGAUCUUCAGUUAGCUAUCCGCCCUCUCUCCGAACCAGGUCUGAAGCAUCUAUUGACCCAAAUGAGUAGCGCAUUGGCUUAUUUGCACACAAAUUUCAAACUUGUUCAUGGUGACGUGAAGCCGAGUAAUAUUUUGCUUCAGCUACCGGAUGACGAAGCUUCCAAAGCCUAUUUCUCGGAAGAACUUGCGAUUGAUGCAAGUACACGAUGCGUUGAUAUCCUUCAGUCUGACACCCCUUCUGGAAUCAUUUUCAAAUUGUCUGAUUUCGGAAGAUCAACUCUUGCGGAACAUGAUACGAUGCUGGAGGCCCUUGGGGACGGGCGCUACUUACCAAGUUUCGACGAUGAGAGUGAUCCCAUACGCGUAGCCCUCGGUCGGGACGUGUAUGCUCUCGGGGCUGGUGGGGAUAUGACCUUUAAAACAUUGGAUAGAUUUCGGUCUGGGGGUUUUGAUCCCGAAGAUGCUCUAGUUCUUCCUUCGUCUCUACGUGCAAUCGUUACGUCCAUGUUGCAACCCUACGCUGCAGAUAGACCAACUUCAUCGGAGGUGUUCGCUAGCAUCUCGUGCGGCGGCAGUGAGUUGCGGUUCUCAUAG